AUGUCCAGACACUCCUCACACGAACACGCCCGCUCCGGUUGGUCCAUCGCUCCCCAUCACCUUAGCAGAAGCUCGACGCCGCGAGCCUCUGCCACUCCCCCAUCCAGCAAGGUCGCCGCCGUCGCUGGCAGCAGCAGCAGCCGCCAGCGGUCGGGCGCCGCACACUCCACUCUUCACUUCAACCUCUCGUCCGACCUCUCGGACGAAGACGACCUUUCCGACGCGCACUCGGGCAACACCUCCGACUACAGUCCCUUCGGCGCCUCGGCUCCCUCCCACCGUCGUUAUCGCGGCGUCAAGCUCGGCGUGCCUCGCCUCAAGACCACCUCGAGCCGCAGCCGCGUCAUGAAGAACUCUCCCGGCGCCUCGUCCAAGGCCGAGACGUCGGCCAGCGCGGCCGGCCGGCGCAAGAGCGAGCAGCGCUACAAGCCCGAGCGCAAGGCCGCCGUGCGCAAGCAGAAGUACGACAUGGGCGGCGACGACUCGGACGACACGGAGCUCUCCGACGCACCGAGCGAGAGCGAGGCCGAAGCCAGUGCCGCGGCCGGCCCGUCGGGCAGUACCGGCGUGCAGUCCGAGUCCGAGUCCGACGCCGAGCUCGAGGCGAAGCUCAAUGCCGCCGGCGACGGCGAGUCGCUCCUCGGCUCCGCCGACUCCGAGGACGAGGGUGGCGACACAGCCGAGGAGGAGCGCUACCUCAUCCAGCAGGCAGCGCGCAAGGAAGCCCGCCGUCAGUCGCACGCCAAGAUCCUCAACAACGGCGCCGUCUCCAAGGGCCGUGGCAACGGAGGCUUCGGCGACUCGGCACGCGGCAGCGGCAGCGAGCAGCGCGGACGCACCACUGCCCGCCGCGCCUCGGCCGGCGAUGUCACCACUGGCACGGAGGCGCCCGACAACGAAGACGGCGAAGACGGCGAAGCGGCGACCGCGGGCGACAAGACUGGCGAGAGGGUCGGGCGCUCUCUCUCGCCGGAGACCAUGCGCCAGCUCGGCAUCGACGACUUUGAGGACGAGCUCUUUGAGCCGCAGGAUGCAUUUGGCUCCUCGUCUGAGCCGUCAUUCACCGACUUCUUUGCCUCUGACUCGGACUCGGACGGCGAAUCGCUCUCGGCCCACGACGACGACGGCGAGCUGACGAGCGACGGCACGGACAGCGACGAGAUCUCGGACAUUGAGGGUGCCCUCGUCGGCGUGCCUUUUCUGGCGCAGAUCGGCGGCGCCGAGGCGCUGGCUGCUGCCUCCGCUGCUGGUGGCACUGCGACAACGGACGAUGCGAAUGCCGCGGCAGUGCCUGCCGAGAUUCCACUCCUCGUCAUCGAGGAUUUGGACGGACGCCUCAUCUACGCGCGCGCCGGCGACGGCGAGGCCGUGUUUGGCUCCGACGGCGAAUUCGAGUUUCUCGACGACAGCGAGUCGGACUCGAGCGAGGACGAGAUGCUGGAGAUGAUGCGCGCACAGGAGGGGCCGUGGGGCCACUGGCGCAGCGACGGCGCCGCACUGGGCGGCAGCGCAGUCGACGACGAGGGCGAGACGACCGACGAGCUGGGCGAUGAGGACAUGCCCUUUCCUCGCCUUCUCGUCGGCUCCGUCGCUCCGCGCGGCGGCCGCAACACGCGUCGAGCUCGCGCCAUGGCAGCGGCCAAGUCCCGCCGUCUCUCGCCCGACGACCGCCGUCGCGCUGCAUCGUCAUCACGCCUGGCUCCGACACAGGGCGGCGGACACCGACGCACGCACAGCGACCAGUCGCACCUCUCUCAGCUCUCGGACACGACGCCGCUCAACAGCCUGUCUGGCGGCGUGCCCUCCGGCAGUGGCAACCCCUUUGACUCGGACUUUGGCGUCUCGAACUCCGGCGGCAUGCGCGAGGCUGACGGCACCAUCGAGGCGGCUGCACGCUCUCUCGGCCUGUCUGUCGAGGAGGCCACCAAGCUGCUCUCGGAGGUCGAGGCUGCGGCCUCGGACCGCGAGAUGACGCUGGCAGGGCCGUCGACCAACGGCGUGCCCGCCACGCCUCUGCGCGCACCGCCGAAGCCAGAGAUGGGCUCUUUCAUGCCCACAUCGGCACGCGGCGUGCAUCGAGCAGUCAUCGACGGCAACAAGCAGGCGCCGUCGCCGUUCGCGAACCGACAUGGCAUGCAGAAGCGCGGCCUCGCGUCUGCCUCCGGCAUCCGUGCAGGCAAGCGGCGACACUCAUCGCGGCGCGAGUCGACCUCGACGCUGUCGUCGAAGCGUCCGCGACGCUACUCGUCUGCCCUGCAUGGCGGAGAAGGCGCGAGCGAGCCGGCGACAUCGCCCGUGCCGAAGCGCAUCGACCCGAUGGAGCUCGACGAUGUGGUGGAUGCGUCGAUGCUGUGGCGCGAAGAGUACUCGGAAGAGGGCAGUGGUGCCGAGGACGAGGACGAGACGGACGAGGAGCUGGACGAGGAGGGCAGCGUGGCUGGCACGGCGACGCAGGCGUCGGUCAAGAGCGGCGACUUGCGGCCGCGAGCCUCGAGUCGCAGCUCCAGCACUGCGCCGUCAAUUUCGUCGAGCACGAGCGCGGCCACGGCAGUGGGCCUGAAUCUCAACGCCUUUCAGCGCUGGGACCGCAUCCCGAUGGGCGCCUUCCGCGACGGCCAGGGCUCGUCGCUCAACGGCGGCCGCCAGGCGCUCGGCACCUUUCUGCUCACGCGAUCACAGCGCAACUCGGUCCAGCGCAACGGCUCGGGCUCGCGCCGCAGCGACAACCACUCCCCCUUCCGCGGACGCAGCGAGGCGAUGGGCAUCCACAUGGGCGCCGCACCGCGCGUGAUCCAGGAUGCGUCGCCGACCGGAGCAGGUGCCGACGCCGGCGAGGACGCAGAUGCGGCGCUGGCACGCCGACGUGCGGCCUUCUUCGUCUCGCCCAUCCUGUGGCCAGUGCGCAACGGCGAGCACGGCAGCGAUGGCGGCGCCCCGUCGCUCGCCGACAUUCCGCAGUUCGACCUCUCGAGCACGCCAAAGGGCAAGAUGACGCGCCGCGAGAAGCGCGAACGCAAGGCUCGCCGCGCGGCACUGCGCGCCGCCGAGACGGCCGCCUCAUCCGUCGAGCCGGGUGAAGGCGGCAGCCAGUAUGCGCCGUCGCCUGGCCCCUCGACGCCGAACCUUGGCGAUGGCGGCGCCGAGUUUGAGUCGCCGGCCUCGGCUUUGCCACGCCUGCGCAUCACCGACGCCUCGCCGCGCGGCUCGCCGGCGCCUACGCGGGCGCCGCUGCGAGCUGGCCCGCUCGGCGCUCACGGCGACGGCAACGGGCCGGCCAAUGGCGGCACGAACGGCCACGGCGAGCGCAUGCAGGAGCAGCAGCAGCUGCAGCAUCCACUGCCGCCCAGCACGCUCAGCGGCCUCACGCCGCCCAUGUCGGCCAUGUCCGAGGCGCACAGUGUGCCGUCGGCGCACGGCGUGCCCGUCUACUCGCCCCUCUUUGGCGGCAUCGUCUCGCCCGUGACGCUUGCCUUCACCGACGACAUCGACAACGACGGCGUCGACGGCCAUCUCGUCAUCUAG